CUCAUAUAGGAAAUAUUUUUUAGGGUCCUGAUCACCAUGAAGACAACACUGCUGCUCUCUGUACUGUGCGCUGUCAUGGCGGUGGCUGCGUCUCAGGCCUGUGGAAAUGAAACCUGUGCUACUGAUGAGAUUUGUAACAAUAUUACUAAUACCUGUCAGUGCAAUACAACUUUCUACACAUUUACACCAGGAAGCCGUCCAUCUCCAAAUUUUACUUGUACCGGAGUAAAGUUCAAUAUACAAGUGUCAAAAUGUUGGUUGGAAAAACAAGGUUAUAAUACAUCUGAAAUCAGGCUGAACAGCACCGACUCCGAGUGUUUCGCAGUAAGGGAGUUGGUGGAUGGAAAAUCAGAGAUGACCAUUCAUCGCCCAAUGACAAGUUCUGCCUGUAACACUGAAUCUGUGAUAAAUUCAUCUCAUGUCACCUACAGUAAUCUGCUGUCUUUUUUUGCCAAGACGAAUCCAAUCAGUAUAACAAAUGACAUCGCCAUGAAUAUUUCCUGCUCUUACCCUCUGAAUAUAAAUGUCAUUCUUAAUGUGACACUGAAGCCAGUAAUCGGGACAACAGUAAUAUCCAGCCCUACAGGAAAUGGAAGUUAUGCAGCUGUAAUGAUGGCCUAUAAAGAUAGCCAAUAUACGACCCUUCUGACAGAAGAUGACCCCCUGACUGUGGAAAAUACAAUCUACCUCUCAGUGACAGUACCAGAUCUGGAUGUGAACACCUUUAAACUCAAGGUGGUGAAUAUUUAUGCCUCUCCUACCAAUUCAAGCGACCAACAGUACUAUCUUCUUAACGACGGGUAAGUACACUGGUUAGUAGACUUCUGU